AUGGCCACCCCUAGUGUCCUAGCCUUUGACGCCGAGGGUCGCGCCAUUGAUUUUGAGGUCUGGCUAGAUGACCUGCAGCUUUUCUUGCAGUGCGACAGAGCUGACAGCCUUUCUCUCUUUGACCUCACCUCUGGCGCCUCUCCUGCUCCUGCUGCCGAUGCUGAUCCCACUGUCCGCUCUCAGUGGGCCACCCGCGAUGCUGCUGCACGUCUUGCUGUGCGUCGCCACCUCCCUACCUCUGAGCGUGCGCAUUUUAGUCAGUACAAGAGUGCUCAGACCUUGUACGACGCUGUAGUUGCACGCUACUCCUCUCCUGCCACUGCUGCACUGAGCCGUCUCAUGCUUCCCUACCUCUUUCCUGACCUCUCUGCCUUUCCCACUGUCGCUGACCUCAUUACGCACCUCCGCACUAGUGACACUCGCUACCGCGCCGCCCUUCCUGCUGAGGACCACUUUCUCUCAGUCUGUCCCACCACUCUCACCGUCGACCUCCUCGAGAAGGCCCUCCUCGCAGCGGAGAAGAGCAUUGUCGCUGUCGGUGCCUCUCGUGGUGACCCUCGCACCCCCAUCUUUGAGGGGUGCUCUCCUUCCCCCUUGCUGCCCUCUGUUGCCUCUGCUGCUGCGGCCGACCUGCUUGGUCUUGAGUCGGUCGGCGCGGCGUCUGCCCCUAGUGGGAGACGUCGCUCUGGCAAGGGCAAGGGGGGCAAGGGCGCGGGCGGAGCUGGAGGGGGCGGUGGCGGUGGCAGCGGAGGCGGCGGAGGGAGUGGGGGUGGCGGCGGGAGUAGUGGUAGUGGUGGUGGUGGUGGUGGCAGCAGCGGCGGAGACGGUGGUGGUGGUGGCACCGGUGGUGGUGGAGGUAGCAGCGGGAGUGGAGGCGGUGGAGGUGGAGGCGGUGGAGGUGGAGGCGGUGGAGGCGGCGGCGGAGGAGGCGGUGGUGGUGGAGGAGGUGGAGCUGGUCGUGGUGGUACCCAGCAGCGGAGCGGCGGUGGUGGUGGUCAGCGCUCGCAGCGGCAGCAGCAGCAGCGUUCGCGGGACAUCCCUCCGCCUCAGCAGCUUCGUGAGUGGUACACUGCGCGUCAGAGGGGUGGGGGUACUGGCCCCUGCGCCUACGUUCUUCGUUCAAGCGACCGCGCGGGUGAGCAGUGUGGGGGUGCCCACUCCACCCAGCGCUGCUUUGGCCGCCUGACGGACGCUUGGCGUCAGCAGUUCCCCGGGGCUAGUGAGAUCCCUCGCUGGGAUGAGCUCCUUAGGGCUGGUGUAGCGAUCUUUGAUCUUGAUUUUGAUGCUAUCCUUUCUGCUAUGUAUGCUGUGACUUAUAGUGAGGAGAAUGAGGGUUACCGGUGUUUCCAGCCCGACCCGGGCAUUGGUACUGCUGCCCUAGGUACUUGUGAGGCUGCUGCUCUAGGUGCCAGUGCGUCUGCGCUCUCAGGUACUGGUGAGACUGCGCUCUCAGGUGCUGGUGAGACUGCGCUCUCAGGUACUGCGUCGCCCUCGUCCUCCCUCACUUUCACACUUGACUCUGGGGCUUCUCGCUCCUUCUUUCGAGACCGCACUACCCUCACGCCACUUGGCCGACCGAUUGCGGUCUCCCUUGCUGACCCCUCUGGGGGUCCUGUCCUGUCUCACUUCUCCACUGUCCUCCCGUGUCCGGCUGCCCCUUCGGGCACUCUGUCUGGUCUGUACCUUCCCUCGUUCUCUACGAACUUGGUGAGUGGUGCGGACCUACAGGAUGCGGGGGUUCACCAGUUCACUCCUGCGAGGCGGCGGGUGACCCACUGCACGGACGCAGACACAGGCCGACACCUGGCCACCUUUUCGCGUCAGCCGGGGUCGAGUCUCUACACCCUGACCACUUCGUCUCCUCCUGUCCCUGUGUCUGGUCAGGUAGCUGCGUCAGGGCCUUCCUGUGUCCCCUGUGUCGAGGGUCGCCUCCGGGCUACUCCUCACUCUUCCCACUUCCCCCCGACAGAGGCUCCGCUGCAGACGCUUCACAUGGAUGUGAAGGGCCCGGCCCCCGUCCGUGGGCAGGGUUACGAGCGCUACUUCCUGUUGGUGGUUGACGACUACUCGCGUUACACCACAGUCCUCCCCUUGCGCAGCAAGGGUGCUGUCACUAAGACCUUCACGCUUCCGGACUCACCACAGCAAAAUGGGAUUGCUGAGCGCCGCAUUGGCAUGGUCAUGGAUGUCGCUCGUACGUCCAUGAUGCAUGCGGCUGCCCCCCAUUUUCUGUGGCCGUUUGCGGUGAGGUACGCGGCGCAUCAGCUCAACCUUCACCCGCGGGUCUCUAGGCCUGCGAUGUCUCCAGCCUUGCUGUGGACGGGGAAGGUUGGCGAUGCGUCUGUGUUUCGUGUCUGGGGAUCUCGGGCGUUUGUCCGCGACUUGUCUGCGGACAAGCUGUCCCCUCGUGCUGCUCCCUGUGUCUUCCUUGGCUUCCCCACUGACGCCCCAGGGUGGCAGUUCUACCACCCCUCCUCUCGUCGUGUUCUGUCCUCCCAGGACGUCACGUUCGACGAGUCGGUCCCCUUCUACUGUCUCUUCCCCUACCGCACUCCUUCCCUCCCCCCUCCCCCGGACUUCCUUGUGCCGGUUCCCCCCCCGGUAGACCCCCUUCCCCCUCAGGUUCCUGCUCCCUCAGGUGUGUCCCAGGUAGACGCCGUUGACCCGGUCGAGGUUUCUGGUGACUCUGGUGCUGCUGCGGGUGCUGAGCCUGGGGGUGCUGACUCUGGGGGUGCUGUCCGCCGGGGUGCUGAGCCUGGAGGAGCUGCUGCUGGGGGUCCUGAGCCUGGGGGUGCUAGUGCGGAGGGUGCGGAGCCUAGGAGUGCUGCGCCGGGGGGUGCUGUCCCUGGAGGUGCUGGGUCUGGGGGUGCUGAGUCGCGAGCUGCUGAGCCUGGGGGUGCUGAGUUGGGAGCUGCUGCGCCUGGGGGUGCUGUGUCUGGAGCUGCUGAGCCUGGGGGUGCCGCGUCUGGAGCUACUGCGCCUGGGGUUUCUCCUGCUGCUCAGCCUCUCCGGGAGCCUCUCUCUCCACAGGAGCUGCGCGAGUGGUUCGCUCGUCGUUGGAGGCGUGCUGCUGAGUCUGGUGGUGCUGCUGGAGCUGGAGCUGGACCUUCUUCGACUGACGAGGGUGCUGGUGCUGCCGGUCCCGGAGCUGCUGGGCCUGCUGGUCCUCUUGGAGCUGGCGCUGCUGAGGGUGUUGGUGCUGAGACUGCUGCUGUUGGUCCUGCUGCUGGAGGAGUUGGUGGCCCUGGUGCUGUCGCUGAGGGUGCUGGAGCUGUCCCUGCUGCGCCUGGAGCUGCUGAGCGGCCUCGACCGUACUUCGUUCCGCUACUGCAGCAGGUUCUUGGUCUUUCUCCUCCGGUAGAGAGUCCACCGCCUGUCCAGUCGCAGUCCCUGCUGGAGCCUUCCUCUCCGCUACCUGCUCCCUCUCCUUACACUGGUCCUACUGGAGGUCUUGCUGAGCGUCGUGAGCCUGCGUCUCGUCCUGCGUCGCCUGUUCGUCCUGCUCGCGCUACUGGUCGCGGUUCGCGUCAGCGUCCUCCUCCUGUCCCUGGCACGCACCAGAUGUCUUUGCGUCCGUCCACUGCUCCUCUGCGUGCCCCUUUGCCUUCUCCUCCUGCGUCCUCUCUUCCUGCGCUUGCCGACCCUGCGUCGGACUCUCUGCGUGCUGCCAGUCCUACUGUCACGCGUUUCCUUGCUACUGUGGUCACUGACCCUUCUUUCGAGUCUUCUGCUGCGUCUGCCCUACUCACUGAGCUUGUCGACUUUGCUGCUCGCUGUCGCUUAGACUACGCUGCUAGUCUUGUUGCUGAGUCUGCGUCUGUCUGUCCUCCGUCCGUCGGGGGUGAGUGUGCUCUUGGCACGGACGUCCUAGAGGACAGGCAGGAGGAGUUACAGUGUCUAGCGGCUGCUUCACCUCAUCUCGCGUCUGUACUGCUUACCCCUGAGGGAGACCCGGAUGCACUAGACAUCCCGACUCCGCGUUCUUACGCGGAGGCUGUAGAGGGUCCCUACUCCUCUCAGUGGCAGGCAGCUAUGGAUGCAGAGAUGGCUUCCUGGAAGUCCACAGGCACCUACGUUGACGCAGUUCCCCCUCCUGGGGCGAACAUCGUCAGUGGCAUGUGGAUCUUCAGGGUGAAGCGGCCGCCGGGCUCUCCGCCUGUCUUCAAGGCGCGUUACGUCGCUCGUGGCUUCAGUCAGCGGCAGGGAGUUGACUACUUUCAGACCUUCUCUCCCACCCCGAAGAUGACUACUCUUCGGGUGCUGCUGCACGUUGCCGCUCAGCGCGACUACGAGCUUCACUCUCUCGACUUCAGCACUGCGUUCCUGCAGGGUAGCCUGCACGAGGAGAUCUGGCUGCGCCGUCCGCCUGGCUUCACUGGGACUUUCCCUCCUGGCACCCAGUGGAGCCUCCGACGGCCAGUCUACGGUCUCCGCCAGGCACCGCGUGAGUGGCACGACACACUGAGGACUACGCUUGCGGCUCUUGGGUUUGCUCCUUCCACUGUUGACCCGUCGCUGUUUCUUCGCACCGACACUUCCUUGCCGCCGUUCUACAUCCUCGUGUACGUCGACGACUUGGUCUUUGCCACACCGGACACUGCUGGACUCGCCUACGUGAAGUCCGAGCUGCUGAAGAGACACACGUGCACAGACCUGGGUGAACUGCGCAGCUACCUUGGCUUGCAGAUCACUCGGGACAGAGCACGCCGCACCAUUACCCUGACUCAGUCACACAUGGUGCAGCAGGUCCUUCAGCGCUUCGGCUUCACGUACUCCUCGCCUCAGGCCACUCCUCUGCCUACUCGCCACUCGCUCUCAGCUCUGCCUUCGGAUGAGUCCGUAGAGUCGAGUGGCCCGUAUGCAGAGCUUGUUGGCUGCCUCAUGUACCUGAUGACCUGCACACGACCUGACCUUGCAUACCCUCUGAGCAUCCUUGCACGCUAUGUUGCUCCUGGGAGACACCGACCUGAGCACAUGGCUGCAGCGAAGAGGGUAUUGCGCUACCUGUGCAGUACGUCGGGCAUGGGGCUAGUGCUUGGAGGGCGGAGUCCAGUGGUCCUUACGGGCCACGCGGACGCUUCUUGGGCUGACGACCAGGCUACGCAGCGGUCGUCACAGGGUUACACCUUCAGCCUUGGUUCCGGCUCUGUCUCGUGGCGGUCUACUCGCUCGUCUUCGGUUCUCGGCUCCAGUUGUGAGGCUGAGAUCUACGCCGGGGCCAUGGCUGCACAGGAGCUUCGCUGGCUCACCUACCUGCUGACUGACCUUGGAGAGCCGCCUCGUUCUCCUCCAGUGCUGUACGUAGACAACAAGGCCAUGCUGGCCUUGUGUCGAGAGCAGCGUUUGGAGCACAGAACGAAGCACAUUGCUCUCCGCUACUUCCUUGCUCGUGAGCUGCAGCAGCGUGGUCAGCUGCGACUUGCGUACGUGGCCUCUGAGGCCAACACUGCUGAUGUGUUCACCAAGGCACUCGCGCAUUGUGACCAUCAGCGCUUCUGUACCCAGCUGGGUCUUGUGCCUGUCUUGCCUCACUUGCUCUCUUCCUGA